AUGCCUAAGUUGAAUCAUAACGCCGCGGAGAAAACAACUAUUGAGAGAAAAUCCAUGCGAAAAAAUGCAUCCAUCAGCAAAGCUACAACUCACAUGGAUCGUGUCCAGGAUGCGGAGCAUAGCAACGGUGUGGGUACCACGCAUAGACCAGCCGAUAUACCUCUCAUCUCGCAUUCGACUAAUGUGGAUGAGGACGAGGACGGUGAGCUGGAUGAGGCGCAUCAUAUACAGGCGGCUCGAUUCGGUCCACCUGUUGGAGGUCUGUUGUCUAGCACAAGCCCAAACGAUACGUCGAGGGACACAUCAAUGCGAAGUUUGGCCAAACGCACACUUCAUAUUGGGUUGCCUGGAUUGCAACCGGCCAGUCACAAAGCACUGUUUCUCUUCUCGGAAGAGAACGCCAUAAGAAAGUACUCAAAAAUCAUCAUUGAGUGGGGAUAUCCUUUUCAGUCGAAUAUGUGGUCUCGCGCCCUCUCGGAAAUAGAUAUCAUCAUUCGACCCACCAAAUGUGAUAAAGUCAUUAAAGACGAAGUGCGCCAGAAUCCCAAAGUUCAACCCGGAGCGAAACCGGGUUGCAUCCACUCUGCUGCAAAUAAGGAUGAACUAACUGACAAAAGUGCUUUCAACAUUGCUGGUGGUGUGUUCAAUCUGUACCUAGGAUCACAAUACAGUGAUUUGGCUGACCACGCCUAA